UGCUUAUAUGUUAAAUAAGAAGAGUACAAAAAAUGAGUAUCCGAUAACACUUUUCUAUAAAUAUAAGUAUAUAACUAAAGAAUGCGCCAGGUCUUGUCUCAAGAACAGUGAGUGAACCCACCCACAUCUUCUUCCUUUCUCUCUCCCUCUCUCUGGGCUAACAGAAACACUAAUUAAUUAAUUAAUGGAGUUUGAGCAUGAAGAUGUCUUUUCCAAAGAAUGGAAUUCCAUUGGAAGUUCCAUGACAGAGACAGAGAAGAACUGUGAGAGUUGUUUUGAUUGCAACAUCUGUUUAGAUUUUGCACAUGAACCAGUAGUGACACUCUGUGGUCACCUGUUCUGUUGGUCCUGCAUCUACAAAUGGCUCUAUGUGCAAAGUGCUUCUCUUGCACCUGAUGAGCCACCACAGUGUCCAGUUUGCAAACAUGAAAUAUCUCACACCAAAAUGGUCCCUCUCUACGGCAGAGGCCAGACCGCGAUUCACGACCGGAAAACUACGCUUCAGGAUGUUUCUAUACCACCAAGGCCACCUGCUUCAGGAAUUCAAUCUCUGUUUGCAAUGGCAACAUUGCCUCAAAGGGGUCAUCAGCAGCAGCAGCAGCUUCCGUAUCGUAAUCCUUAUCAGAGUCAAAAUACUAACCAAGAGAAUGACACAGCAGCUCAAAUGCUGAAUCUUGUGACACCAGUAUUUCCACACUUUAUCUUUGGUAACUCGGAAAAUUCUGGUCAUGUCAUGGGAAGUAGUAGCUCUAGUUGGAGAAGGCAAGAGAUGCUGGCAAACAAAUCGUUGAAUAGAAUAUCAUUUUUUCUGUUUUUAUGCUUUGUCCUGUGUUUUAUCUUCUUCUGAAUCUGAACUAGCAAUUGAGUUGAGUUUAUUUGUAAAGAAGCACUGCAUAGGUGUAAGCAUAAGAAAUGGGACUGAUUGGGUUGUUGUAUAUGUAUGUUAUUAGGCUAAAGAACUUAUGCUCUUUAGGCACUUAUUUAGUAGUAUAUAAUAAUUGAGCUGGAUGUAUUGUAGUUCAAAACAAUUUGUUAACUUGUGGAUUUGAUACUGGUAUAA